AUGGCGCGGUCCGGCGCGGCCUCUCGCCCCUCUUCGUCGCUCCACGUCGCGACGGCCGCCCUCGCGCUGGCGGCGUCCGUCGUCGUCGUCGGCGCGGACCGCGACGGCGUCGCACCUGUGUUACUCAUAUCCCUCGACGGGUUCAGAGCCUCGUACCUCGACGCUCAGCCCGAGUCCGCGCUCCCGAACCUCAACGCCCUGUGGCGCGAGGGCGUCCGAGCGUCCCUUUAUCCGCAGUUCGUCUCCAAGACGUUCCCGAACCACUAUUCCAUCGUCACCGGGCUGCACGAGGAGCACCACGGCAUCGUCGCCAAUCACAUGUGGGAUCCAAAACUCGGCUCGGAGUUCACGAUGGCGAGCACGGGCACGGAGUGGUGGAGCGAGGGCGAGCCCAUCUGGGUCACCGCCUCGCGCGCGGACGUCCGCACGAAGACCUACUUUUGGCCCGGAAGCGAGUCCGUGAUCAAAAACCGCCGACCGGACGUCUUCUUCCCGUACGACCCGGAGACGACGUUCGAGCGAAGGGUCGACGUCGUCGGUCAAUGGGUGCGAGACGCGGUCGCCAAAACCGAUCCAAACACGCGUCGACCGUCGCCGUCGUUCAUGGCGCUCUACCUCGAAGAGCCCGACCACGCCGGGCACCGACACGGCCCACACUCGAUGCAGGUGCAGGCGGCGGUUCGUAGGGUGGACGAGGCGCUGGGCCGGCUUCGCGACGCCGCGGGGGCGGACGCGUGGAACCGCACCAACGUCUUGAUCGUCGCCGACCACGGCAUGGCGCCGCUCUCGCCGACGCGCGUGGUGAACCUCGGGGACGACGCGUGCGGCCUGAACUUCACGUCGCUGUUCGUCACGGGCGACGGCGUCGCCGCGCACCUGUGGCGCAGGCGCGGGCCCGCCGAGCAGACCCCGGCGGACGGUUCCCAUCCUCGUUCUCGCGAGGGUGACGAUGACGAUUCUUCUUCCGACGACUUGGCGGGGGGCAUGACGGUUACCGAGGCCCGGGCGAUGGCUCGUACAAUCACCGCGUGCCACCCGAACGUCACCGCGUGGGCGAGGGAGGACGUCCCGGCGCGGCUGAGGUACUCGGCCAACGCGAGGAUCGGACCGGUCGUCGUCGCCGCGGACGUCGGAUACCUCAUGUGCGGCUACGCAUCCUUCGACGCGAAGGUUCGACGAAAGUUGAACAUUUUCGAUGACGGCGUCGACCUUUCAACCGCGCGAGCGAGCGAUCCCGCGAACUGGGCGCUCGCGCACGUCGCCGACGCGGGGUGCGCGCCCGUGUGCGUCACUCCGAGUGACGGUGAGACGAACGAUUGCGGCGGCGCGCACGGGUACGACAACGUAGCGCCGGAGAUGCGAGCCGUGUUCCUCGCGCGGGGUCCGCUGUUUCGAAGCGACGGCGCGCGGCUGGUUGGCGAACUCGGGUACGAAUCGUCCGAGGCGGAGGCGCUCGUGGGUGAGGACGCGGCGACGUCGAGCGGGUCGUUGCACGCCGGGACGAUAAAGGACGCGGAGCGUUGGCAGGCGCGGACGCUCGCGUUUGACAACGUCGUCGUGCACUCGAUCGUCGCCGCGGGUUUGGGGUUGGACCUCGACCCGGGGUCUGUCAUGUUGGACGGCGCGCCGCCGCCGAGGGUGGACGGGUACCUGGACGAGGAGUUGGCGAACUUGCUGUUCCGCGACGGCGUCGGGGUUCGGUCCGGGCCGAGCGGCGACGGGGCUCGGGGAGCGUUGACCCCAGACGAAGACGACGACGACGACGACGAAGGAGGGGGAGGGGGAGGAGGGGACGGAAUGGCGUGGGUCGCGGCGGUCGGCGUCGUCGCGAUCGUCGUGGGCGCGAUCGUCGUGGCGGCGCGCGGGUACGUCCGUCGCGGGGAUGCGAAUUCCGCGUACGUCAAGCUCGGCUCGAUGUUCGAGCCGGGGGGAGGCGAGACAGAGGCGGAGAUCGAGUUGCCGGAGGUUCGAGUAACGGGCGAUGCGUCGGGGGCGCCAGCUGUGUUCGCCAGUUUGACGGAGGGGAACGACGGGGAGGGCGAGACGUCCGGGGGAGCGACGUCCGCGGGGACUUCGCAGAAGCUUCGAGAAGGGGACGAGAACGCGUAGACGCGAUGAGCGCGAGUAGUCGACCGAGCCGCAUUCAUACAUCUUUUCCGAGGCUGACAGAUCGCCACACUU